AGAGGGUAUUUUGAGGUUUGAGUCUUUUGACUUCCGUCGUUCUCCCAUCGAGACUCAGAGACUCGUCUUUCUCCUUCGGGUCUUCCCUCUUCAAUUUCCUUCUGCUUCCGAUCUACGCCACCGCCGUAGCACUCGGAGUCAUGGCGGCGGCGUGGGCUGAACUCAUCUCCGCCGUGUCCCUAAUUCUAUCCCUUGCGCGGUGCCUGCUUGUCUCUGCUGACUCCACCAACGUGUUUCUCUUACCGAGUCAACACAGCGGUUCUCCUCCUGCAAUGAUUCUCCCCCUACUUCACUCUUCUCCCGAUUCUCCCCCUUCCCUCUUUAAUCACCGUCGCCAACUUCACGGAUCCAAAUCCCAAAGCCAUCACAACGCUCGCAUGAGACUCCACGACGAUCUCCUUCGAAACGGGUACUAUACCACGCGGCUUUGGAUCGGUACUCCUCCGCAGAGGUUCGCGCUUAUUGUUGAUACGGGGAGCACUGUUACUUAUGUUCCCUGCUCUACUUGCAAACACUGUGGUAAACACCAGGAUCCGAACUUCCGGCCAGAUGAUUCGGAAACGUAUCAACCUGUAAAAUGCACAUGGCAAUGCAACUGUGACAAUGAUAGGAAGCAGUGCACGUAUGAGAGACGGUAUGCUGAAAUGAGUACUAGCAGUGGGGUCCUUGGUGAGGAUAUCAUUUCCUUUGGAAACCAGAGUGAGCUUUCCCCCCAACGUGCUAUUUUUGGCUGUGAAAAUGAUGAGACUGGUGAUCUUUAUAGUCAGCGUGCUGAUGGCAUCAUGGGUUUGGGCCGUGGAGAUCUAAGUAUUAUGGACCAACUAGUUGAGAAAAAGGUGAUAAGUGAUUCAUUCUCACUGUGCUAUGGUGGAAUGGGUGUUGGUGGGGGUGCUAUGGUUCUAGGUGGGUUAACUACCCCAGCUGACAUGGUCUUUACACAUUCAGAUCCUGUUCGGAGUCCUUAUUACAAUAUCAAUUUGAAGGAGUUACAUGUUGCGGGGAACCGACUGCAUUUAAACCCAAAGGUUUUUGAUGGGAAACACGGAACUGUCUUGGAUAGUGGAACAACUUAUGCGUACCUACCAGAUCCUGCAUUUCGUGCAUUUAAACAUGCUAUUAUGAAGGAAACUCACUUUUUGAAGCAAAUAAAUGGUCCAGAUCCACGUUAUGAAGAUAUAUGUUUUUCUGGUGCAGGAAUUGAUGUCUCUCAACUCUCUAAAAGUUUUCCAGUGGUUGACAUGGUAUUUGAAAAUGGUCACAAGUUGUCACUGUCUCCCGAAAAUUACUUGUUUCAGCAUUCAAAAGUGCGAGGUGCAUAUUGUCUAGGAGUUUUUUCAAAUGGCAAUGAUCCAACUACUCUUUUAGGAGGUAUUGUUGUUCGUAACACUCUUGUAAUAUAUGAUCGUGAGCAUACAAAAAUUGGUUUCUGGAAAACUAAUUGUUCUGAGUUAUGGGAAAGACUACAUGUCUCAGAUACCCCACCACCCUUGCCUCCAAAAUCAAAAGGAACAAAUUUAACCAAAGCAUUUGAGCCCUCUGUUGCCCCAGCUCCAUCACAGUAUAAUUUACAGCAAGGUGAACUCCAAAUUGCUCAAAUAAUUAUUGUAAUUUUAUUUAACACCAGCUACAUGGAUAUGAAGCCUUACAUUACAGAAUUGACUGGACUCAUUGCUCAUGAGUUAGAUGUUAAUACAUCACAGGUUCACUUAAUGAAUUUUUCUUCUCAUGGAAAUGGUUCCCUCUCUAAAUGGGUCAUAACCCCGAGGCCAUAUGCUGAUUUCUUUUCUAAUGCCACAGCAAUGAGUAUGAUUGCUCGGCUUUCUGAACAUCGUAUGCAACUUCCUGACAUAUUUGGAAGUUAUAAGUUACUUGAUUGGAAUGCUGAGCCUCCAGUGAAACGGACUUGGUGGCAGCGAUAUUAUUUGGUUGUGGCUUUAGCUUUUUUGCUUACAUUCCUUCUAGGAAUAUCAGCCUUGGGAAUAUUCUUAAUUUGGAAAAACAGACAGCAAGCUGAGCACUCAUACAAGCCAGUUGAUGUAGUUGUUGAAGAGCAGGAACUUCAGCCGUUAUGAGCUUCGUAUGUACUACUAGUGCUUAAUAGUUUCCCUGAUUAGUGUGGCUGGAAUAUUCGAGUCAGUCAAUGCAUGAUCAAUUUACACAAUCAUAGUCAUUCAACCGAUCAAGAUUUUGGUUUCUAAGGAAUCGACCUGUCUAUCAUGAUAUAAUGAAACCCUGAUAAGAUGUGCAUAAAGAAUUCUUUGGAAGUUGUAUCAUCUGCAAACGCAAUUGUUUUUGUGAUUAUUGCAAUAUAGCAGUGAAUCAAAGAGUGGUAGCUUUAGGUUGAACUAAAAUUUCGUAUAGGGUGAUGUUUAUAUUUUUAUUUAGCUAUUGAUUUUCACUUGAUUAUAUUUUUAUUUUUCUGUUCAUGUUUUUCAAACUUGGGAGUGUUAUUAUGUGGUUCAUAGAAAUUCACCAUCUUCAUUUUUGUAUC